CCGCUCCGGAGCCCGCCGGAGCUAUCCGUGUGGCGCCGAGAGCCGCCGCUUGGGAUAUGCGACGGGAAACCCCCGCCACAGCGCAGGCAGCGGCCCCGCGGCGCCGGGGAGAGCCCAGCGAGAGCAGAUUGAUCCUUCAGAGGAAUCGUCCCUGACUCCGUCCCUACACUGAGCUAAAACUGCUUCCCAGGUGGAACACUGUUCCGGGAGAGCUCUGAGGAUUUCCUGAAGAAGAAUUCCAUGGGGACUGUACCUGACCCUUUGAGAUCAGCUAAAACUUCCUUGAUCACAGCUUCUGGAAAAGAAGAGGAUCUAGGAGAAGCGCAGCCUGCCUCCCCUCGGUCUCCACCAGCCGUCUUGUGUGAGAACACCAAUGGCCUUUCCAGCACUCCUGCAGAGCCAGACCUCAGCCCCAGUGCAGCUGCUGAGGUCCUGAUGCAGGCCUUUGAGCAUGAGACCACCCAGCCAGACAUGUCUUCUCCUGGUGUCUCCAAUGAGGUGGAAAAAGUGUCUCCUCCAUGCAGUUCUGACAAUACCCAGCUGCCAGGAAGCAGUGAGCCCACAGCACCAGCCCCAUGUUCUGCAGCAGGAAAGGAUCUCAUAGAUGAAGCAUUUACAAUGCCAGCCAACCAACACACCCACCAGGCGACCCCAAGUGACCAGCUCAAUGCCAGCCCCUUAUCAGGACCUGAAGAUACUCUGCUGAAAACACAGAGAACCUCGGAUGGGGAGAUUCUUGAAAAACCUGAAAAGUCACAUUGCCCUGUGGGAAGCACCCAGAGCAACAGCAAAGACCAAGUGCCCUGUGAUUUUUCUUCUCAAAAAACAAUCCAGGGAAUGCUGCAGACUGCAAAUACAGCAGCCAAGGUGUUCAGUCACCCCUCGUCUCCUGUAGGCCAACCCAAAGGGGCAAGGCCAGGAGCCAUAUGCGACUCCCAGACAAGGUCCUGUGACUCUCCCGCGAAAGAAGGAUGUUCAGGGAACAAACAGCCCUCAGCCACCACCUCAGACAGCCAGUCUGUGACUUCUGUGACACCUCAACCACCCCACCUCACUAGCAAAGUCUCCACACGUCCUCCAGAUCAGGUGUCAAGGUUCAAAGAAGCAAGUACAAUGACCAACGAAGCUGCAAGUGAGGUCACGGAAGCUCCCGACAGGGCUCGGCAAGAUGCUGGGGUGCAGGCAGUGGCAAGUGUGGAGAGCAGAUCGGUCUCCACCAGCCCCAGCAUCCUUGCUGCAUUCUUAAAGGAAACCCCAAUUCCUGAGCGUUUGGAACAAGAGCAGCUGCGUGUCAUUUGCAAUGGCAGCGGCAGUGGGAGCCACACGCUGGAGCUAUCUGACAACAUCCACUCCCCCCAAGGGUCAGGUCCGUGCCCCGGCAUCAUGCCAGAAGUGCACAUCCAGGCAGCUGCCGCUGUUUCCACAGCUCUCCAAGGGGAAUGCAAAUUGGUGAGCUUACCGAGUGAGGUCCUUAAGAUCUCAUCCAUCACCGUGGCAUCCGGUAAUACUCAGGAUCUGUGUAAGGAAGAUACAGGGUCUGCAGGAAUGACCCCAGCAAGGGAAGAGCCCACCUCUAAACAGCUUUCAGGUGUGAAUUCCAGGUCCCUGAAAGCCAGCCCCACUGACCAGAUUUCUUUCAGUGCAGGAAGUCAAACCGAAACAAAUCAUGAAUUGAGGAAAGUUGAAACCAAGCCAUCUGAGUUUGCAGUGAAAACCACAGAUGGUCACGAAACAAACCCAGACUGCCAACUCUCUGACUCUUGUGGUCCUGCCAACAAAGCCGACCAGCCCGGAAGCCUGGAUCCCACUGACAAAGGAGAUGCAAGAGAGAAGCAGCCGGCAUCUCCUCAGAUAGUAAAACAAGAAUGUAGAGGCACCGAUAUCCUUGAUGCCAGGGCCAGGGCAGAGGCCAAAACCCUGCUGCUCAAUCCUAAAUCUCAAGAAAGUGGAGGCACUGGGUCAGCUGCUAGUCCUACGCCCUCCCCAGUGAGGAAGAACCAGGAGGGUACCCUGGAGGAAAAUAGACAGACCAAGACAGCCACCAGCCUGAGCCUCCCAUCCGAUUCCAUGGGUGACUCCAGUCCAGGUUCUGGCAAGAGGACCCCUUCUCGCCUGGUCAAAGCCAGCCCACGGCGGGCCAGCCGAGUCAGCGAGUUCCUCAAGGAGCAAAAGUUAAAUGUGACCGCGGCUGCCGCCCAGGUGGGACUCACCCCAGGAGAGAAGAAAAAGCAGCUGGGCGCCGACUCCAAGCUGCAGUUGAAACAGUCCAAGCGUGUCAGGGACGUCGUGUGGGAUGAGCAGGGCAUGACCUGGGAAGUGUAUGGUGCCUCCCUGGACCCAGAGUCCCUGGGUAUCGCAAUCCAGAACCAUCUACAAAGACAAAUCAGGGAACAUGAGAAAUUAAUCAAAGCUCAAAACAGCCAGACCCGGAGAUCCAUUUCCUCAGAUACUUCUUCAAAUAAAAAGCUCAAAGGAAGGCAGCACAGUGUUUUACAGUCCAUGCUGCAGAACUUUCGACGCCCCAACUGCUGUGUUCGUCCUGCCCCUUCUUCUGUGCUAGACUGAAAGAGAAUGUGAGUUCCCAUCAUUCUGAGAAUACCUGUAUAUACCACAUGAAGAAUAUAAUAUCCUGUGACUUUACACUUUGUUUACAGAGGAUAUAUAUGAGUAUGCUGUUAAUGUAAAUUGUUUGGCCUUUGCUGUAUCCACUGUUACUGUUUUGCUGCCAAAAUGUGAGAAAUUAUCUUCUAUUCCUCCUACAUAUUGUGCAAGUGUUAAAAAAGUGGUCCAUUUCUAGUACCAGAUAAUUCACCACAUCUCUUGUCUACUUUUUAAGAAUCAGUAUAAAGAAAAACAAUACAUUAGGAUAAGGUUUGCAUAUAUGUAUAUGUGUUUUUACUGACACUUGGGCACUUGUAGCCUUGUGUGGGCCUCUUCCUGUCUGAUUUACUAAUCGGCUACGAUGCUGCCAUGGAGAUGAUACUGUUUACUCUCUCCUGCUUUGUCCUAAACGGUAUUUGAGAAAUGAAGCCUGUGAAUUUCCCUUUGUGAUGAUAAUACAGUGAACUCAGCAGUAUCUUGGAUAAUUGAGUUGACCAUCUUGUCCCCACCCCUGUUUUGUCUACACAGUGAAUCAGAAGUCUUGUCCAGGUCUGCUUCAGUGUUUGCUAUUUUAUAUUGAUAUUCGAGCAUUUUGUUUUCUGUGAGCAACAUUCUUUGAUGCUGUGUGUGGCCCUUUUGGUUGAAUCUCUCCAAAUGUGGGUCAGCUGCUGCCACCUGGCAGAUAACAGGUGAUACGCUAAAUCUCCUGUCCAUUCUUGUAACUAUAGCCUUCUUAAUGGAAUUCUGCAACUGGAUGAGUAAUUAUAAAUGUCAUCUUUGCAGACACACAGGCUUAAGGAUGUCUACAAAAUUUUAGACAUUUUUGCAAAGGGGGAAAAAAUAGUCUUGUAAAUACUGAAACAUUUCCAUGAAAUUUAUCCUGCUCCUGGGAAAAAAAAAUUCUCCUUGGCUGCAGAAAUAAGAUAAACUUUAUUUGCGAUGACCAAGGACAUAAAUGAAGAUGGAUUGAGGUGGAAAAAUUCUGUCUCACAAGUAAUCAGUGACAUCUGCCAGAGGUCAUUACAGCUACUCUUAACUGUGAACACUCACCAGCUAAACUACUCACUUGCCACAACCAAAUAACCUCUCAAAGUAAAUCCGAUACAUCUGUAUAUAUGUGUAGAUAGAAACAACAAAAAAUCCUGAAAAAUUACUGUUGACUAUUAGUUAAGUCAAGGUGAAGAUAAUUAUAAAGAACAUUUAAAUAACCAUGGGCCUUGGUGAAAUGACUAUGGAGGCCAGAAUGGUGCAACAAGAUGUUAUUCACAAGUUUGUUAUUUUUUUAAGACCCAGAAAUCUCAGAUACUCAUCAUGAGAAUAAAGACUGUUGAAAAUGAAAUAAAAGCCAAGCAAUAAUGUGCCAAAAAGAGGCAGUUAUACCAGCAAGCGCAUCUAUACGAGCACACCAUUAUGUAAUAUGGUUUGCUCCGUGAAGACUGACUAUAACCCACAGGAUAAAACAAGCAAAGGCAUAAUUUCUGCUUUCUUGCUAGAAAAACGUGUUUAGGAGCUCUAUAAAGAGAUACGGCGCCGGUGGACAUUAGUAGAGAUAAGGUAACAUCUCUGUCUUAAUGCUAGCCAAGACGAAAAAGGAGUCAAAAAGUCUUGCUAGCUUAAAAUUCAAGAUAGAUCCAACCAGAAACUUUGUUGAAACAGAGGGGGUUGAAUAUAUAGUAAUUACUCUUCCUGGACACUUCCACAUAGCAAAGCAAUUCAGUUAAUUCUGCCUAGAGGAUUACCAGCCUUAGCUAUGAAAAAAAUGUGUUCCCAAAUGUAAAAUAACUAAAACAUGAGUACUCAUAUCAAAAAGGGCCUCAAAUAAUGCCUUACAGAAAAUGAUAUUCCAGAUGGGCGUUUCUAAAUACUAGCCCUUUUUUCAGUUCAAGCUCAAAAUCAAUUGGCUGCAAAAAAAUAAGUCACUAUUUUACAUUUCAUAAAAUGAUACAAAUCAUCAACCAGCAUGGUGAGAAUUAUGAUGAGAAAUAACCUAGUGAUUUACAUGUGUUAAGGAGAAAUAAGUGGGAGAGAAAUGCUAACUUCUUUCUUGAUCUCUUAUGAUGUGGGGAUGUCAUCCACUGAUUUGCAGGGUGAAAAUUAUGGCUUGCUUUUUAACAUUACUACUAGCAUUACUCUUUGUUAGUUUAAAAAAUUAGAUUGCCUGUUUUUUAGCAAAACUUCUAAGUGGAUAAGUGAUUUUUCUGUUUUAUAUCAUUGCUUUAAUAUCACGUGAAGACUGUACAAAGCAAACUAUGUUGAAUGGGUAGAAGGAGCUUACGUUUAUCAGGAUCUCUUAAUGAUUUUAGCUGAGAUUCCUUAACACUUCUUUUAGGCCACAUCUUUGAGUAAAUUAUUUUUCAUAAUGUUUUCCAUCACAUCUUAAACUGAUGUUGGUAAAUCAGAAGAUUGCAGUAUUACAGUCAUGCUCCUCAAUCCCUAGAGGAGAGGAGAGACUAAUUUUUAUUUUAAGGACAUCUGGACAUAGCUUUCCUGAGGCUGAGAAAGGUCAACAGGGCCUGACCUGAAAACUCAAGAAAGAAAUAUACUAAUAAUUCCUAAAUUCCUCAAUGUAUUUAUCUCUGCUGUACUAACAUGUGAACAAUAUGUUGUGCAUAAUACUGUAGCCGGUUGUGGUAUGUCAAUACAUUUUGUAAGUGUGUAUAGUCUGUGAGUGGUUGGUUUUCUCUUUCUAUGUGUAGGAAAAAAAAAACAUGCCGUGUCCCAUUUCAAAACCAAGUUCUGUCAUCGGGUAGGCACAUGUAUGAAAAUGAAUAAAGCCAACAGAAGUAUACAUGUGUAUUCAGUAACAGAAUUUGUCCUUUCAUUUCUGAAGGUCAGAAAGGGCUGUUGUGUGUGUGUGUGUGUGUGUGUGUGUGUGUUUUAUCAUUUCUGAGAGUAGGUAACAUAAUUAUCACAAAGGCUGAAUACAUUGGCAAUACACUGGCAUGUUAUUAAAUCUGCCAGGUUAAUUAACCAUGCCAUUAGUCACAGGUAAGGUCAGUUCUUUGACCACCGGCAUGAUUUACAUUCCUCACACAUCCUCUCCGUGGUAAGUGUGUGACUAGGAUGUACAUGCUAUGGGUGUGAUUGUGUACAUACCUUGUAUGAAUUAACCUAAAUCCUCAAAGAGUUGUACGAAAGCAGGAAAACGAAACAGUUGUUCAAAAGCCUCAAAAGGGCUAAUCAAUGAGUAUUUUCAUUUUCUACACAUAAAAAUGUAUACAUGGCAUAACUGUAAAUAGCUUACCCACAUAUAUAUACACACAUAAAUGCAUUUCAUUCAUACUGUUAAUAUUUAAAUAAAUCACAAAUUAAAACAAUUGAAAACUGCAUCUUUCCAUGACUGUUCUGUUUUCUAUACAUUAACAUGGGAUCAAAUGCUCCCCGUUAAAUGGUGUUAUACUCCCAGGUAGCAGAUUUGGUGCUUAGGAAAGCCCUGCCUCACUAUGAAAACCUAGAAAAUCUAGUUAUUGUCAUAGACUGGUACCUGAGCACCUUCAAAGGUUUAAUGCUGUUCUUUAAGCACCUAAUUUUACAUCUGGAAAUGACAAACACUGGGGAAAAUCAAUUAUGUUUUGUAGGCUCCAUUUGUACAUUUAUCCGUGUGUUUAUUUGCACAGGCUGAUAAAAGCCCUACCUUUUUUUUAGAGAUCUAUCCAUAGGUUUCAAAACAGUAUAUGAUCCCUUGAAGAGGAAAAUGAUUGUACGCAUUCUCUUGAGAUGAGCAAAAUGAUGUUUAGCAAUACCAAAGAGAAGUCAAAGAGUAAAAGUUUUUUUUUUUUUUUUUUUAAAUUACAGAUGAUGUUGGCAGGAUAAUAGAAUAUGAGCAUUUGGGAGUUCCGUCAAGUGGACUCAAGUAAAUUCCUAUUAUUGAUAACAGGUAAUACUGUGUGGACUAGAUAACAAGAUGAGAGACAUUAGCCAGCAAAUGUCAACACUGGACAACACUUGUCAACUUAUCACAAUUCUAAUCAGUGAACUGAUGUUUGAGUUUCUCUCAUUUUUCCUAAAAGGAAAUACUCUAUUAGAGAUCAAAAAGUCUGAUCUGGUUCCUGAAAUCUAAUGUAAUUUGACCCUGAUUCCUUGACACUAAAAAUUAUGUUGCCUAGGUAUUAGGUUGAAGAUAUAAAUGGAUUUAUAAGAGUUUCCAUUAAUAGAGAACUCCAUGUGGCAAAGUGCAAAUAUAACCAUUUCUCAGUAGAAAGUUAAUAAUAUUUAAUAUGUAUUUAUGUUUUGGAGAAUUAAUGUGCCAUCUUUGUAUCUUAGAUAAAAAUAAAAGGCUAACCAAUCAUAAGAACACUGUAACUAUAGCUGGCUGUGUUUUUAAACUACUAAAACCAUACUUGUUUAUAAGAGCAGAAUAUGUGAAAUCUUGAUGUUUGUCAAUAUUUACUGUUGCUUAAAAGAUAAAUUCAUGUAAUUAUUUUGGACGAUGUAUAUUAAUUUAAAUGCCACCCAGAAAAAUUAUAGCUGUCAAUGUGAAAAUCAUUUGUGUGUGUUAAUACUCAGCUGAGAAAGACCAAAAGUGUAGUGUAAUGUUAAAUCUCUGA